UCCCGGACCACCUGCCCAGCGUUGGCGAGGAGCCCCGGGAGGUGCUGCUGCGGCUGUACGGAGCCAUCCUGCAGGGCGUGGACUCCCUGGUGCUGGAAAGCGUGAUGUUUGCCAUCCUUGCGGAGCGGUCGCUGGGGCCCCAGCUGUAUGGCGUCUUCCCAGAGGGCCGGCUGGAACAGUACAUCCCAAGCCGGCCAUUGAAAACUCAAGAGCUUCGAGAGCCAGUGUUGUCAGCAGCCAUUGCCACGAAGAUGGCGCGAUUCCAUGGCAUGGAGAUGCCUUUCACCAAGGAGCCCCACUGGUUGUUUGGGACCAUGGAGCGGUACCUAAAACAGAUCCAGGACCUGCCCCCAACUGGCCUCCCUGAGAUGAACCUGCUGGAGAUGUACAGCCUGAAGGAUGAGAUGGGCAACCUCAGGAAGUUACUAGAGUCUACCCCAUCGCCAGUCGUCUUCUGCCACAAUGACAUCCAGGAAGGGAACAUCUUGCUGCUCUCAGAGCCAGAAAAUGCUGACAGCCUCAUGCUGGUGGACUUCGAGUACAGCAGUUAUAACUAUAGGGGCUUUGACAUUGGGAACCAUUUUUGUGAGUGGGUUUAUGAUUAUACUCACGAGGAAUGGCCUUUCUACAAAGCAAGGCCCACAGACUACCCCACUCAAGGACAGCAGCUGCAUUUUAUUCGCCAUUACCUGGCAGAGGCGAAGAAAGGUGAGACCCUGUCCCAAGAGGAGCAGAGAAAACUGGAAGAAGAUUUGCUGGUAGAAGUCAGUCGGUAUGCUCUGGCGUCCCAUUUCUUCUGGGGUCUGUGGUCCAUCCUCCAGGCAUCCAUGUCCACCAUAGAAUUUGGUUACCUGGACUAUGCCCAGUCUCGGUUCCAGUUCUACUUCCAGCAGAAGGGGCAGCUGACCAGUGUCCACUCCUCACCCUGACUCUCCACCCUCCCACUCCUUGGAUUUCUCCUGGAGCCUCCAGGGCGGGACUUUGGAGGGAGGAGCAACGAGCAGAAGGCCCUGGGGACUGGGCUGAGCCCCCAAGUGAAACUGAGGUUCAGGAGACCGGCCUCUCCCUGAGUUUGAGUAGGUCUCCAUGGCUGGCAGGCCAGAGCCCUGUGCUGUGUAUGUAACACAAUAAACAAACUUCUUCCUUCGC